AUUACUUAAAUAAUUGAAUUAAAAUGGCCGACACUUAGGUGCAUUUUGUUGUUUUAUAUAUUCUAUUUAUUUGGAACGUUAAAACAGUUUAGAUUCUAGAUCUCGAUCCACAUUCUAACUAGAACUUAAAAUGAUGCAAGCUGAAGACGCUAGAUACCUUAAGCGAAAAGUAAAAGGUGGAAGUAUUGAUGUUCAUCCAACGGAAAAAGCACUGGUAGUGAAUUAUGAACUGGAGGCCACCAUACUGGGAGAGAUGGGAGAUCCCAUGCUGGGAGAACGCAAGGAGUGUCAGAAAAUCAUUCGGGUAAAAGGUUUACAUGAAAACAGUGACCUUUCAACACUGGCUAAAGAAAUCAUUGAGAAAUGUAAACUGAUACAUCCUAGUAAAUUACCAGAGGUUGAACAGCUGUUGUAUUACUUGCAGAAUCGAAAAGAAACAGCACCACCUAAAGCUUCAGGUAAAACCAAAUUGUCAGACAAACCAGGGGACCCAGCAUUCUCAGAUGGAUCUGAGAUAAAUGAGGUGGCUAACAUCAACGAUGUGGAUGACUACCUGGAAAUGCUGUAUGAGGAAUUGCCAGAAAAAGUCAAAGGCUGUGCUCUUAUCUUACAACUUGCCAGAAACCCAGAUAACCUUGAAGAAUUAUUUCAGAAUGAGACUGUAGUUAGUGCACUGGUGCGUCUCCUGAGAGAAGAAUGGAAGCGCAGCACUGAUCUGGCGACCAACAUCAUCUACAUCUUUUUUUGCUUUUCUUCCUUCUCCUCUUUUCACGCAGUCAUCCUCCACUUCAAGAUGGGAACACUGUGCAUGACCAUCAUACAACAUGAGCUUAAGAAACAUGAACUCUGGCAGGAUGAACUCAAUAAGAAAAAGAAAGCAGCUGACACAGAUAAAAACAAUACAAAACUGAGAGAUGAUUAUGAAAAAAGUUUAAAGAAAUAUGAAGGUCUGGUUAGAAAGCAAGAACAACUUUUGAGAGUUUCCUACUAUCUGCUGUUGAACCUUGCUGAAGAUCUCAGUGUUGAACUGAAGAUGAGAAACAAAGGGGUAGUGAAAAUGUUGGUCAACACUCUGGACAGAAACAAUUUUGAGCUCCUCAUUCUGGUUGUUUCUUUUCUCAAGAAGCUCAGUAUAUUUAUAGAGAACAAAAAAGAAAUGGUUGAUCUUAAUAUUGUAGAGAAACUUACUAAGCUGAUUCCUUGUGAUCAUGAAGAUUUACUCAACAUUACUAUCCGCUUAUUAUUGAAUCUCAGCUUUGACCCAGACAUACGCAGCAAGAUUAUCAAAUAUGGCCUCUUGCCUAAACUAGUCAACUUGCUCACCAAUGAGAAUCAUCGUCUGAUGGUAUUAUGCAUUCUCUAUCACAUCAGUAUGGAUGACAAAGCAAAAUCAAUGUUCACAUUUACUGAUUGCUUUCCCAUUGUAAUGAAACUACUCUUGGAGAGUCCAGAAACCCCAGACAUAGAGUUACUUGCUCUUUGUAUAAACCUGGCUUCUAACAAACGUGCAGCACAAAUUAUUUGUGAAGGUCAAGGACUGAAACUGCUCAUGAAACGUGCCUUCAAAUUUAAAGAUCCUCUUUUGAUCAAAAUGAUUCGUAACUUAUCACAACAUUCAGGGCCUACAAAAAACCUUUUCAUAGAUUACAUCCCUGACUUGUGUUCACAUGUACUUGAUUGGGAUAAUGAAGAAUUCAGUUUAGAAUGUUUGGGAAUCUUAGGAAAUUUAACAAUUCCAGAAUUGGACUAUGAACUUAUAUUGAAGGAGUACAAUUUAAUUCCAUGGAUCAAAGGAAAACUUCAGUCAGGUUCAGCAGAAGAUGAUGUUGUACUGGAUGUGGUCAUACUUGUUGGUACUGUAUGUAGUGAUGAUGCAUGCGCCAAACUGUUGGCUGAUAGUAACAUCAUACAUCUGUUGAUAGAAUUACUGAACGCUAAACAAGAAGAUGAUGAAGUUGUCUGCCAGAUAGUCUAUGUCUUCUACCAGAUGAUCUUUCAUGAAGCUACCAGAGAAAUCAUCAUUAAAGAAACUCAAGCUCCUGCCUAUUUAAUAGACUUGAUGCAUGACAAGAAUGCUGAGAUCCGAAGUGUUUGUGACAAUACAUUAGACAUGAUUGGUGAAUUUGACGAAGAGUGGGCCACGAAAAUUCAGCUUGAAAAAUUUCGCUGGCACAACUCCCAGUGGUUGGAGAUGGUGGAGUCCCGUCAGGUGGAUGAGUUUGCUGACCCUUCAUACAUGUAUCCAGAUGAGCCAGGAUUUGACCCUUACUUACAGGAUGCAGACAUUUUGGACAGGCCUGAUCUUUUCUAUGAAGGUUAUGACAACACUGGACACUUGACACCUGAAUACAUUGAUGACGCUGGAAUGUACAGUGACUUUUACUCCCAGCAGCCAUAUGGCUAUGAACCUGAUGACCCUUAUGUGCGACCAGAGGCUCAUCUUGGCUUUAUAAGGGAUGCUCAUCAGGGUGAUCUCUAUGGACGUGGAAUGGACCCUUAUGAACAAGACUAUGGCCAGUAUGUGAAUGGGGACCAAGAAAAGAGUCCCAUGUAUAGGGACUAUGGAUAUCGAUAACUUUUCUAUUGCUGCUGAUGAAGUGAAUGAAAGAAUGUGAAGGUCAGACUUGUAAAUUGUUUUUUCUUUACAGUAAAGGUCAUUGAUAACGAUGAUGUGAAUGUAUUGCAUACUUGUACCCCUGAGUUUUUUUUUUUUUAUUUAUAUAUUGAGAAAAUG